AUGAGCAGCUCUCAAUACACUUGUUCAGACUUCACACCGCGGGCUUCCGCAACCGUCGCCGACAAUGCCAGCGUUAACUCAUUUGGGUCUUCAAUCCGAGAUUUAGGGCCACGUUCAGGGCUUGACCCCAGGGCACGGUCGACGUCCGACUUGUUUGAAGUCCCUAACCAAAGAAUUAGGCCCAAACCUUAUAAACGGUCUUCGACUCCAGCCAUUGCAGCUCAAAGAAAUCACCCCAACCUUUCGCUAAUACCAGAACAGCAACACAUACAGCCGCAACUAAUGCACUCUCUCACGCCUUAUCAAAAGCAACGGAGACGGAUGAAAAACAGCUUCCAAUUUCCAAACGGCGAGAGUUUCACUCCCAAGCAAAAAUCUACCAAAUCGUUUGACCUCAAACCUGAUGCUGGCCGAUUUGAAAAUCCUCGCCAACAUAAACCUGGGCAUCUCCCAAAGUCUGUAAGUUGCAGCAAUUUCCGUAGCGCAGCUCCUCGCGCCGAUUUUGCUUCGCCUGCCCGAGUUCCCAUGUCCGAGAGUCGUAGUGGAAGCUUCAGUAACGCAUUGUCUCCCUCUGGACAUCUGCCUCCGUACAAUAGAUUCCAUAAGUCUGCGAGCAUGUCUAGAAUAGCGCCUCUCAGCCAACAGGUUAGGCAACCGCCAUCCAUGCCUCAAACAUUUGCUGGUAAAAAUCGCAGUAUAACCUCUCUUCAAUCUGUCCCGUCUCAUCUCACUUGUGAUUUCAAUAAUAAUUCCAUCCCGAAAACGCAGGCCGUUUCCAGUAAUAACUCCUCGACUAAUAGCAGUAACAGUUUGAAGAGCGAGAACGUUGUGAGCAGCAAUACUAGUACUGAUGCCAGUGAACCUCCUUUAAAAUCGAUGACUCCACUCAAAGGUAACGUGGCCUAUUCGCUGUACGCACAUGCUCCAAAGACCUCUUCUUCGCUGCACAAUUCCUCGAUGCCUAAGAGAGAAUCGGUAGCCCUAAAUUCGCCAAAAAAAGGAGAUUCCACUCCUAAGGAAACCCCCAAGCCCUCUAGCUCAAAAGGAGUUAAAAGGAGCGCGUCCUAUCGUAUAGGCGCUUUCUUCAAAAAGUUCCUGCCUUUCAAAAAAAGCGCUACUUCCAACCCUGAUGCCAAGUUCAAGCCAGUCCCGCACACCAAACCUUUACCAAAAACUUCGAAAGAGGCUUCUUUCGCAACCCCAAAGAUAUCUGUCUCCCGGCCUAGUCUUUCUUCUUCUUACGUGAACAAACUGACUAUUGCUGAUGAGGAGCUAGGGACAAGAGGAAAAGCUGUGGCACACAAAUCACAUCUCGAGGGACCAGAAAUUGAUGACGCUAAUGAUGGUGAUAACGAAGGUGAUGAUGAAGACGACGAAGACGAUCAGCUUUUGGAUAUUGAUCUGGUUUUCGACAGUCUCUUGCUGAAAAACGACCACCCCGUCCCAAAACCAUUGAGUUACAUCAAUGCAAUAGAGAAGGCAUCAAUGACGGAGGGCUCUGAUUUUCAAGGUGUCGAGCAGAAAAAUGAAGAAUUUGUGGAUAACAACGUGGACUAUCAGCUUGUUCAAGAGUUUUCAAGAUUAGGAAACUUUAUAACUGAUGAAACUAGUGAGCGCCGCCGGUCCGGUGCAGUCUCGCCCCCGCCGCGGUCGCUAAAAAGACCUCUCUUCGCAAGCAAAGCAUCCGUUGCUGGAUUCUACCGUCAAAGCGGCGAGCGAGUCGACAAAAUAAGCUUGGACCUGCGUCUCGACCAUAGCUUGAAAAAAGAUUGGGAGUUCAUUCACUACGAUGCCGUUAUAUCUGCAAGUCUCUCCGAGGAUAAGGCCGCGGUCAAGAAACUUAGAUUUGGGCACGCUAUUUACGUCAAGGAUACUUAUGCGUCGCAGGAAUAUGAGAGAAGUGACAAGAAAUUCAUUCGUGGUCGCCGCCGGAUGAUGCAGACCCAAAACAUGGCCUUCAUAGACGCUGUAAAGAGCCAGCUCAAUGAGUUCAAGAAAUCAGAGAUGAAGGUUCAUGGCGACAGUGUUCAGAACACACAUUACUUUUUAUAG